AUGGAGACAAGUUUCACUAAAUUGACCCACAUGUCUGUCCAUGUCGUCUUGCCAGUCGCGCUUUUCUAUGGUGACUUGGUCAGUGAUGCCUUGGUCAUGAGCAAAUUCUGGCAAGCUCAGCACUAUCAAUAUUUCACGCUUAAUGCCUUGGCUAUUCUGGCUGGACUGGUGACCACAAGUGUGAUAGGAUCUGCAGGUAUGGGCAGUGCAAGCGAGGCAUUGCAGCCUAUAAGGGGCUGCACGGCCGUGCUAACAUUUCUGCAUGUCAUACCAUUGUAUUGCUUCUUCUUCGCACUUUGGCAAUUCGCAGAUGCAAAAUUUGCCACAUACAAGUCUGAUGCCUUUGACCGCCGGCUGAGAGAUAAAGGUCUCACCGCAUUGAUGGCUUCCUCAAUCAUUGGUGAGACAUUUGGGGAAGCAAUGCUGAGUUCGUUUGUGCAGCUGUACGCGGCACUUCGUCACGGACCACUGCAGUGGCCAUCCCUCUUGGCAUGUUCUGUUCUGCUGAGUCUGAUCUCACUUGGUGAGUCCUUCUCCAAGAUCGAUAAGUUCGGUCAUGUAAGUCGUUAUCGACAGGGGCAGGCCGUUGUGGUCGGCCUAGCCAAGCCGCAGUCCGUGGCGUAUGCCGCCCUGUUGCUCUACAGAUGGCUGGCGGUCUGCAGCCGAUUGCUUCUUUUCCCGCUGUUUCAGCUGGCAUUGCGUGAGGACUGGCUAUUUCUGCUCCUUGUUUUUGUUGAUCAACGAGCAGGGAAUUUCUUUGACUUAGUGACGCUUCUUGGGAGGAACUUCAGCUUUGGCAUGUUGCUUACGGGGGCUCCCUUCUAUGGAUCGCUGAUUGCAUUCUCCAAGCAGGUGAAUGUGGAGUUGCAUGCACUUCUCCAUUGUGCCGAGUCGGUGGCUGCAAUCUGGAUGGCCAGUGCAUUUGGGAGUGGAGUCCCGGCAUUGUGGGAAGAACACGGCUUUGCCCUCCGACUGUUCCUUGCCUCUAGUGUGAUUCAAUGGCCUUUACUCCUGAUGCUGCGCUGCUUCUGUUCCCACCAACUUCCAAGCCAUGAUUUCCUGGCUGUGAGGGAUGAUUGCCUUUCUGAAGAAGCACAAAGCAUGUGCGACUCUUGUGACGCAAAGAUCCCGUUAUAUGUGGCGGCAAUUGUUCCCUUCACGAUGAAAGUGGCUGUGAUGUGGCAAAGUUGUUUGAUCUCAUGAUGAAGGGCCAGGCAUCGGCACAGGUGGCAGCCCAAAUCUGUGACCUCAUCAAGCGCCAUGUCCUUCCAAAGAAGAGCUCCGAACUCCCUGCAGCUGUGACGGCCGCAAGCUGUAUGCAAGCCAUCUUGUGCGCCAUGGAUGCACACUUGUCCAGCCCGGAAGUGCAGGAACAAGCUGUGUGGUGCUUGAAGAAUUUGGGAUUGAACCGACCGGAAAACGAAGAGACAUUGAUGACGCUGGGAGGCGCUGAGGCUAUUUUGAGGGCCAUGACGGAGCACUGCAGCAAUGAAGCGGUGCAAAAGGAAGGCUGCGUGGCGCUGGCUAAAUUGACCACGGAACACCAGAACGUCUUGAGGUUUCUGAGUCUUGGAGCAGAUCAGGUCAUUUUGGAUGCCCUGCGAAACUACACAACCAGCACUGGUGUGCAAUGGUGGGCUUUUCAAACCUUCGGAAAUUUGGCCGAGACCAGCGAGGGAAGAGCCAAGUUGCGUGAACACCUGGCAGCUGACGUCAUCGACGCUGCCAUGAGAAACGGCAACUCUGAGAUCCAAGCGAAAGGCCAACAGCUUCUUGAAAAGUUGGCGCAGGGUGGCCACACAGGGCCAUGAGAUGUGACGUUGUUUUGCUGUGCAGAAGCUUCUCCAGUGUGCCAAGAUAGGUGUUGAACUUCCAUGGUGCUGAAAUCACCUGGAGCUGAUGUGACCUUUCACAGCUGGAACCAGGCCCUGCCAGAAGCUUUGCUGAGCAGAACUUGCACCGUUUUAGGCCGUUGGUGCUGCGGAUGUGCAGACCGUGUUGGAAGAUGGAAGCAGCUUACUCUACGGUGAACUGCUACCUGAAGGCGUGGCCCGUUUGGCUGAAGCCUUCUUCCAGGACCAAGAGUUGGAAGGUCCAAUUUUGGAACUCGGUAUGGGCACCGGAAAGGUGGCCCUGCAACUCUUCCUUUCGACGCCGACGCCGCGCCACGUCUACGGUGUGGAGAUGGCCCUUCACCACGAAGGUUUAUCCGCCUGAAGGAUGCUGGGAUCCACUGGCAAGGUCGAGAAGAAGAAUUCCGGAUCGUGUUUUUCGGAUCAGUGCAAAGGCCCAUGGCCACUUCCACGCCUCCGUCUCUUCAGCUUGAGCGCCCGAGUCGUCAAAAAGUCUUCAGACCGGAAAAAA